CUUUUUCAACUAUUACUAUCGAGUCUUUGCCCUGUCGCUUAUUACUUCUUGCAGCUGUUUUUAGAUUCCUGUUGUGACAUUGAAUACACGAAUAGGCACCCCACACUACCUCCUUCCCACCUCUAUUGCUUCUGUGUGCAUGGGAAGAGGAGCAGGAGCAAAAGCAGGAUGACAGGCCCGCCCGGCAAAGGGAACCAACUGAUAUUUUUUUAGAAUACUGGAAACUCCGCCAAACUCAGCGCAAUGAAGCGAGCUCUCCUUCCUUUUCGUGUUCUUCUUCUGCCGAGUUCGCUCUUGUUCUUUUUUUUCUCUCAUCAUCUCCAACCAACCCCCAUAAAUCCGUUCAUCUACUCUCUCUUUGGAACUUUUUCUUCUAUUCAAUACUCGAAAUGGCUGACCAUCACGAAGACGAUUUUGCUCCUACCCAAACUGCUGGCUACAAGGUCGGUGAAAAGAAGACCAUGGAGGAAUAUCAAAACCUGGACGCGCAGGACGAGUCCUUGAACAAGUGGAAGGAGUCUCUCGGUUUGAAGGGUGGUGCCGCUGCUCCCAGUGACGAUCCUCGCCGAGUUGUUGUCGAAUAUAUUGCCCUUGAAGUCGAGGGCCGUGAAGAUGUCCGGGUCGACUUGUCCACGGCUGAGGCUCUUGAAAAAUCAAAGUCCACGCCUUUCACCAUCAAGGAAGGUGUCGAGUACCGUAUGAAGGUCAAGUUCCGAGUUCAGCAUGAAGUUGUCUCGGGUCUGAAGUAUUUGCAAGUCGUCAAGCGCAAGGGUGUCCGAGUUGACAAGACCGAGGAAAUGAUCGGUAGUUACGGUCCUGCUGCCGAGGCCUAUGAAAAGAAGUUCCAGCUCGAAGAAGCUCCUUCUGGUAUGCUUGCCCGUGGCCACUAUGAGGCUAAGAGCAAGUUCAUUGACGAUGACAACGCUACCCACAUGGAGUGGAGCUGGUCCUUCGAUAUCAAGAAGGAUUGGUAAACGGGCAUAGUCUUCUCUCUCUCUCUCUCUCUUCCUUUUUUUAUAUCUCAUUGCCCAACCCCCCUUUGUCAUACCAAUGUCUUUUACAACACACACGCACAGUCCCACACACAUUCCUGCCUAUUUCCUCUUUCUUGUUUGUACAAGUUUUUCCAAAUCCCAAAUAAAAAGUGAUAUCCUCUAACUAACCCGCACCUCGCCAUUGAAAAGCUAAUCUGGAUCUGUCAAUUCGAUUGCUAUUUGUAGGUGUG